AUGGAUGGACGCCAGCAGUAUGUACCGGGGCCUCCGCCUGCUUCUCAAGCACAACACAUGAACCUGCCUCCGCCUCCGCCUCGACAUCCGUCACAACCCCAAACGCUGGUGCCGCCACCUCCUCCUGGACCACCUCCGGGCGCGACAUAUGGAUCAACGUCAGGGUGGCAGCAAAAUUGGGGAAGACCGCCGCUGAACCCGGGCUUUCCACCACCGCCGCCUCUUGCCCCCGCACCGAGUCAACAUAUGGGAUACGGCCGCUCUCCAGCCCAGUUGUCAAUAAUACCUCCGCGCCAUGAUCAAGCUUUGACUUCCGCAACAUAUAUUCCCGGGAACGAUACUAUUGGCGUCGGUAUUCCGGGAUUGUUCGACUCUCAUGGACGGGCUGCGCCAUAUGAUCCCUAUGCGCACACCAAUGCCGAGAGACAACGGAUGGGUCUCAGCCAAAUGCAUGAUCACAUUAAUACUUCGAUUCCGUACAAAACAGACUCAACCCUCCCGCAGACUCCAGGGGGUCGCACUAUUGCUUCGCCUUACGCUCUCCAUGGCAAUAUUCAUGAAUUGACCUCCAGCGACAGCCCGCAGCAACAGCCUACUACUCAAAACACCGAGCUCACCAAGGCAUCAAGUCAUCGUCACAAUAAUAGCGGCGCUUCGCUGGGUGGGUUAUCCCACAGCGAGGCAGCAAUUCAGUGGCCACUGGACCGGGUGCUUCUCUGGCUCGCGAAGAAUCAAUUCUCCAAUGACUGGCAGGAGACGUUCAAAUCCUUGGAACUCCAAGGGGCUGAUUUUCUUGAGCUGGGACUGGGAUCCGGUGGACGAGGAAAUCUUGGCAAAAUGCAUCAAGUAGUUUACCCCCAGUUGGCAAAAGAGGUCGGCAAGAGUGGCAAGAAGUGGGAGCCUGGCCGGGAGAGAGAUGAAGGAAAGCGUAUGCGCAAAUUGAUCCGUCAAAUUCACGAGGGACCGCAAGACUACACGGUCUCCACACCACUGAAUCAGACACAGGGGCCCGCGACUGCGUUUCCUGAGAGCAGUCCCGCUUACUUUUCCCACCAAUUUCCCGAGCCACGUUCUGCUGGCCCUGUACCCGGUGUCAACGAUGUGAGCCCAGACCAUCUGAGCGCCUUGCAUGCCUCCAACCAGGGCCAAAAGCAGAUUGGGCAACGUUCGGUCACCAUGCCUGUGCCGUCGGGUCACGAUUCUCCGAGGUACAACGAAUCUCCAGCACGCGACAACUGGCCACGGUCAGACUAUCUGCGGUCAGAAUAUACUCGGAAUGCGUUGUCGGGAAUCAACAGUGACCAUCGACGCCAGAGCCCGUCCGUUGGCAGUGAAUCGGGGAUUUUUCAAGGAUCGAGUCUUCGACCACAUGAAGAAAGCCCGAAAAGUGGCAGCCCAUCCCUGCAGCCCGCUUCCGCUUAUUCGGGGCCUUUCUCGGCAUCUACCGGGGAUUUGACGAUGAGGCCAUAUGAGCACUCUCGGGGCAAUAGUACUGAGUCCAUACCCGGAUUCAGUCGAGGCGCUACUGGCCGGUACUACGAAGCUCGCCGGCAGGGCCAAGAUGGUCCUCGUCCCUCCCCUCAAGAUGCAUCUAGUCGGCAGUGGAGUGAACAGACUUCUUCGUAUUCCAAGGAACAUAGCAAGGGCUUUUUCUCCAAUAUUCUGAAGAAGAAAUCGAAGGCUGCCAAUUACAGCCAACCAUCUCCCGACCAACCGCAGGAAGACUCGUCUCCUACGACCAGCCCAGAGACUCGUCCAAAUGAGGCUUAUCUCCCAUACUCAAAGCCUGCCUUCAACUCUAGCGACAUGUCGGUUGGGGAGCGUCCAUCUACGGGGACCGCAAAGACGAAGAGAUGGGUCUUUGUCACUAUGGAUGGCUUAAACUUUCGUUUGGUUGAUAUCUCCGACAUGGAGUCCAUUGAGUCAUUGCGUACCGGGAUCUGCCAGACCAUGGGCGUUGAUACAACCAGUGCCCAGUUUUAUCUCACCGAACCCGGGCAAAGCGAACAUGAGGAUGCUUUGAGCGAUGCAAGCCUCGCGCACUCGCGUCGAAGCAAGUCAGAUGCAUACGGGUCCCUGAAGAUUUUUGUCCGAGGAACUCCAGUGCUUCCUAGCCUAUCUGGUACUUCCAGAGUGGAUGGCCUUGGAGUCUCAUUCACAGACAAGCUCAACAUGUCUCCCACUACAAUACACCAAGUUCAUAGGAAACCGCUGGAUGAAGACGCCUUAAACCGAUUAUCACCACAUCGUACCAUCCCGGAUUCCCCGUCAUUAGCCCCUCGUCACAACCCUCCCAAAUCUUCGCCAGUGAAGACAGCCUCAGGGGACCCUGCACACGACGGAAGCCAGGUAUCUGGGUUUGAUGAGAACGAUCUGCAAGCUCGCCAUGAGGAACAUCUUCGGGAGGUGGAGCGAAAGCAAAAGCAAUAUUUGCUUUCCAAAACGCCGCAGCAUCAGCAAAAUAAAAAUGCUUACAGUGAUACCGGUUACAGGCGUGAGAAAGUUAUCGAUUUUGAUAGUCCUCGUCUCUCGCCUUACGACGAAAAGAAGGGAGACACACUCGUGCCGCUUCGCAAGCCUCCAACAGCGCCAAUCGAAUCUAACACCCUUACAAAGGUCAAUUCUCUCAGCAGGAGACCUACGACUCGUGAGCAUCGCGACAAGCGGGUCCAGCCGUCUUUGGGGGCUGCAAUCGCCAGUGUUGGCCGCAUCACAAGUGCCGUGGGCACGCCGUUACCUUCGGUUCCGGCCUCAUCUAGACCUUCACCCAAUACUAGAGACAGUGCAAGCUCGGAGUCUGACCGACCUGGGUCUUUUGACUCCGCUGGAACUUACUCCAGUCAAACUACUCGAGACUCUUCAAGCCGGUCCUGGACGGCCACAGAGCCCGAGAAACCACCAGUUUCGUUUGCAAACCAAUUACCCGAAAAGCCUGCUUCGAAUGAGUCACCGAGACCAGCCUUGCAAUCCCGCAAGUCAUUCGGUCCAGAAUUCGAUUUUGAAGAGAACCAAGUUUCUUUCCAGCGAACCCCUCAACCACAACAAGAGCAGGACGAUUCUGAUGAUGACUCCGACGAUGGCCUGUUCCAAGUCCGACCCUCGAGAGCCAAGGAAGAGUCGGAAGUGGCACAAAAUGAGCCUGAAAAGAAGUCUGAACGGCCAUCGCUCACGGUAGACACCAGAGAUCAACUCACAUCGAGACUGUCCGUCAGAUUCAAAUCCCCGAGUACUGCCGGCCCCAGCUCUGGUGCAGAAGCAUCUGAUGGGAAGGAACCGGUUUCCAGCACGUGGGGACCAGCGUCGCCUGAAGAUGAGAGGUCUGGACUACGACCAGAGUCAUUUGGCCGAGACAUUUGGGCAAGCAGACCUGCCGUUGAAGGCGUCAUCGACCACCUUGACGACUUCUUCCCCGACGUUGAUCUUGACGCUCCUUACUUGGACGAGCCAUCAUCACCAAAUAGCAAGGCUGCCAAUGCCGAACUAGACCCGAGAAAGGAAACGUCAUCACCUAUGCCGCAUCCUAUUGCCAGUAGCAGUUCCCAUGCAGGCGAUACAGCGACUGUGAGACCACCCGAGCCUGCCAACUUUGCUCGGCAGAAGCUCGCCCGUGGCGGCGUCGGUGGCGGAGGGCUGGGUCGCAUGAAAUCCAUUCGACAGGUGGCCCAGGGAGCGAACCGGACGAAAAGCAUCGGCCCUGCCGGGCCUCAACGAUCGGGUGAUCUUCUGCGCCGAAAGAGCACAAAGAUGUUCGGCGCCAAAAUCAUGCAAAUCAGGCCCCGGCCCGGUACCCGAAUCAGCCAGCUCGAUCCCAUCCCGCAAAAUAACGCCCAAGUGACACCAAACACCGGGCCUGUUCCCCAGCGACAGCCCACCUUCCGCAUCAUCCGCGGUCAGCUUAUCGGCAAGGGCACUUACGGCCGGGUUUACCUAGGCAUGAACGCGGACAACGGAGAAGUCUUGGCAGUCAAGCUGGUCGAGAUCAACCCGCGAAUUGCAGGCGCAGACAAGGACCGCAUCAAGGAAAUGGUCGCCGCUCUGGAUCAGGAAAUCGACACAAUGCAGCACCUCGAACACCCCAACAUCGUGCAGUAUCUCGGCUGCGAGCGUGGCGAGUUCUCCAUCUCCAUCUACCUAGAGUAUAUCUCUGGUGGAUCCGUCGGAAGCUGUCUCCGCAAGCACGGCAAAUUCGAAGAAAGCGUCGUGAGGUCUCUGACUAGGCAAACCCUCGACGGACUGGCGUACCUGCACGACAAAGGAAUCCUCCACCGCGACCUGAAAGCAGAUAACAUCCUGCUGGAUCUGGAUGGAACGUGCAAAAUCUCCGAUUUCGGCAUCUCAAAGAAAACAGACGACAUCUACGGCAACGACUCGUCCAACUCCAUGCAGGGCUCCGUCUUCUGGAUGGCACCGGAGGUCAUCCAGUCCCAGGGCCAGGGUUACAGCGCCAAGGUCGAUAUCUGGUCCCUCGGCUGUGUGGUGCUGGAGAUGUUUGCUGGCCGUCGACCGUGGAGCAAGGAAGAGGCCAUCGGCGCUAUCUUCAAGCUCGGCAGUCUAAGUCAGUCUCCGCCAAUUCCCGACGAUGUGUCUAUGAAUAUCACUCCCGCGGCUCUGGCGUUUAUGUACGACUGCUUUACAAUUGACUCUUCUGAACGCCCUACUGCUGGAACCUUGCUGAAUCGCCAUCCCUUCUGUGAAGCGGAUGCAAACUACAACUUCUCAGACACGGAACUGUACGCUAAGAUUCGUGAUGUUCUUUGA